GACGCGCGCGCCCGUCCGCCGCCCCCCGCCGCCGCGAUGCUGCUGGGCGUGGCCACCGCAGGGCCGGCCCGCGCGCUGGCCCUGAGCCUCGCGCUGGCCGGCGGCGCGGCUGCGGCGGGCGCAGGCGAGUCGCGCGCGGCCGCGGCCCAGCAGUCCUGGGCCGCCGCCGGCUUGGGCGCCCCCGAGCACGCAGAAGGGGGCGGCUCAGCUGCAGCGGGGCUGAGGCAGGGCCUGGUGCUGCCGGCGGGGGCCCCCGUGCCCGCGGCGCUGGCGCCCCUUCGGGGCGCCCGCUGCCUGGGCGGCGCCGCGCCGCCGCGCGGCCUGCUCGGGGGCUUCCUCGCGCGCGGCGGGGGCGCGCCCGCGGGAGGCCCGCCCAGGUGGGCCGUCGGGGGCCUGUCGGCGGUGUUCGCCUUCGCCUGCGCGACGUGCCUGGUGGAGGGCGCCGCGCGCCUUGGCGGGUCGCCGCCGCGGGCGUACGGCGCCGUCGAGAAAGCGCCCGAGCAGUCGCCGGAGGCGGGCGAGGCCAAGGACGGCCCCGAGACCAGCCCGGGCUCCACGAUGGACAACGGCACGGCCUGCGAGGCGACCUCGUUGACGCUGCAGUCUGGCGAGCGGAGCCUCUUGGCCGCACUGGAGGGCCAGAUCGCGACGCUGACGUCCGAGCUCGCGGCGCUGCACGCGCGCUCGCGGCACCUGGAGGCCAAGGUGCAGGAGUCGGAGCAGAAGGCAGAGACGGAGCACCACCAGGAGCUUGCCGGGGGGGGAGGAGGGGGGGGGGGGGCAUGCCAGGCUUGCGCGCGGCCAAGAGUCAGGAGCGCACUGGCCGAGGAGCUCCGCCUCCAGAUCGAGCGCCUCGAGGCCGAGGCCCGGCGGCGCAAGGCGCGGUCGAAGUGCGGCUGCAGCGUGCAGUGA